GUCCAGUGUACACCAAUCUCCCAGAUGUUUGCCGUAUGGUCAACGACUUUGCCAACCCCUGCUGUAAGAAACCAGACUGUACCAUCUCCGCUCACCCUGGUGUAAUUCAGGGAACCGGAACAACUACGCCAAACCCCGCUCUGCCUCAGACCCUCCCACCAAAACAACAAUACUGUGUGUACAAAAAUGCCCAGUAUCUCCAGGGACAGACCUGGGAAGAUGGCUGCAGCUACAAAUGUCGCUGUGACGACUCGAGCCAUGGAAUCUACACCUGUAACCAGAGGUGCCCAACAGUCACCAGUGUUACCCCAGGCUGCACAAUGAAGACUGAUCCUAGGGACUCCUGCUGUCUUGUGGAAGUCUGCCCACAGCCCACACCAGCCCCCAGUCAGACUAAGCCAGUGCCCACUAUUCAGCCCAUACCCUUCACAGGAAAGGUCAAUCUGCCCACACCUAGCUCAGUGCCCGGACAGCCAGCCCCAUCACCAAAACCAGUUGGUUUCUGUGUGUACAAAAGUGUGACCUACAUGCAAGGCCAGAAAUGGGACGAUGGAUGUGAUUACGCAUGUACUUGCUAUGACGCAGAGCAUGGAAGAUACAAAUGUGAUCCUAAAUGCCCAAGAUACAUGGAUCUUUGUGACAUGUGACAUUGUGGAAUGUGCUGAGCCAACACCUGCCCCCAACCCAACUUAGACCCCUGCUCCAGGACAACCCAACCCCAACUCCAACCCUUACCCCAACCCCAACCCACAGCCGACAUACAAUCCUAAACCACAGCCAACUUCAGAGUCUAGAUGUACUUGUGAGUACAAAGGACAACAGUAUCUCCAAGGACAGCAGUGGUAUGAUGGAUGUGACUUCUCCUGUAUCUGUGAGGACUGUGUCACUGGCGUGUACAGAUGCAACCAAAGGUGCCCAACAUUCCAGGCUCCACCCCCAGAGUGUACUCUGAUUGCUGAUCCCAAAGAUCCUCUUUGUUGCAAGAUCCCAGAGUGUCCCACCACAGGAAACUACAACACUGCUCCUCCAUUGGUCAUUCAGGGAGGAAAAGCCACUCCUAGCCCCACUCUGAGACCCAUCUACACCCCACAACCUACACCCUUCAUUCCAAAUCCUAACUAUAAUGGAUUUACCAGUGGUACAGUCUACACA